UUUGGGUAACUUUAAUGACGUACAUAGAAGCAUAUAACAGUUUUGGGUUUAGCAGAAUAGUUCGUCAAUCAAAUACUGGAUGAUCUGCCUUCAGAAAGGUAUAUACAAGGAAAUAUAUUUAUGAAUUCAGCUUUAUUCUGCAAUUUUUUUUCUUCAAGACGACAAGGUUCAGGUUUGCAAAUUUGAGAUGAACACUUUUCUACAAAGACUUUGCUACGAAUAAAGUACAUGUAUUAUAGUUGUGAUAUAUCACUGCAGUGAAACCGGUUGACUAUACAGACAUAGACCUACAUUCAAUGCGGACAUUCUUACUUCAUAAGAGUUCGUUCGGGGGAAUCUUCAUGUGAGUUGAGGGUGCCAAAAUCGACUCCAUACGUCGCCAAACAGAGUGGACAUAUUUUCUUCCAUAUAACCAUCAAGAGAACAUAAACUGUCACAAUGGGUAUCAUUUCAAUUGCCAAAGGCCUUCUGGCCCGAGUUUUCUUUGCCGUGCAUGGGAUUCUAGCAACGUGGCGGGCUACAAGUGUAUACCAAUCAAAUAUCUACUACGUUCUCCUGGCGCCUCUAAUAGUUUUGCCUGUUGAGAUGGGUAUAACUUUUGGUUGUACUGAAAAUGGAGAAUGGAAAUGGCUCUGUCCUUCAGUUCUCCUGUAUCUCCUAUCUGUGGUCCCAAGCCUCUGGCUCCUCCAGUUUGAUCUCUACAACACAAGGAUAGAUUACAGAGAUGAACAGGGAUGGGAGGAAUGUUCGGCGGACACAGUCUACAAUUCAUCAUCACUUGAUGCAGUACAAGGGGUCACCAUUCCCGUGGAAUUUUCAUCGGUUGAAUGGGAGCUCAUCCUUCAACAGACUCUUUUGUGUUUGCUUAUCCUCGGCCGAUGGCUCCUUCCUAAAGGUGACCUUACCCGUGACCAACUUUCCCAGCUCCUCCUAGUCUACAUCGGUAUGGCUGCUGAUAUCUUGGAAUUCAACCUCGAAAGUCUCAAAGACGAGAAGGUAUUCUGCGAUGUCAUCCUUAUCGUUCUCAUCCUCGGCAUCUGGAGCUGGAGCUUGGUGCAGUUCUGUCUCGUGUUGACGUCGGUGGCCGGGAAGCGACGUCGUGUCGUUCUGCAGGAUGGCAGCAAUAGCUGCUCUGCCGAGUGUUGUUCUUGCUGUUUAUGCUGCCGGAAUGAAAUGUGGUCCAUGAUGGUCACCCUGAUCAUGCAAGACGGUCCGUUCCUGGCCAUGCGGCUCUACCUGAUGAUAGAAGUCAAGAUCUUCAGUAUUAUGAUGGUUUUCUUCACAUGUAAAAACAUCCUCGUCAUCCUGCUCCAGUUGUAUCGCAUGAUCAUUCUCUGUGGACAGAAUGAGGUAGAACCAGAAGAAAAUGAGGAAGGUAAACCUGAUGAAAACAAGAGCAGCGAGGCCCCACCAGAUGCUGUUGUAGUUGUGAGUUCUUGAUAGGCCGAUAAGUCAAAUGUGUCCUUGGGAUUUGACUAAAAAAUAAUGUAUGAUUCAUGCGAGUUACAAAUUGAUAUUCAAGAACAAUGAUUUGAGAUACAAUUUCGAGAGGAAACCUAAUUUAUGAUCAGAACGAUCACUCUUAAAUCUCGAAGACUCAACCAGGAGAAGAGGGCCAAGACAUUGAAAGACUUAAAGCGAUUCAUCAAUAUCAUGCAUUUAUGUGUACUGUAAUGUUCUCCCUCUGUUUCUUUCUUUCCGGUGAUUGUCAACGAUAUCUUAUCAAUGAAUUUGAUUUCAUUUUGUUUACACUUCUUUUUAUACUGUAUCAUAAAAGCACUCUGCUUCAUCUUAAUUUGAGAAUUUCGGCUAAAAUUUGUCGAAAAACUUUAAUGAAAUAUAAAUGACUUUUGAAAUCAUUUCGAAAAUACAAUACAGUGGUGGAUCGAUGUUACCCCCCCCCCCCUAGCUUUCCUCGUCCAUUAGAAAGCGAAUACCAUUUCUUCAUCCAAUAGGCGAUGAACACUUCAGUUUUAACCCACUUUUUGUUCUGUCACCUUGCAUUUUAUGUAUUUUUUAAGACUUGUAAAUCAACAUAGCGUACUUUUUUAUAUAUAUAUAUAUACAUUUUGAUUGAGAUUGUCAAGAAGAGAGUUUGAUGCUAAUGUGCCUUACUUGAAUAAACGUUGAAUCUUGACGUCACGACAUAUACAUUAUUUAUUCCGUUUUUGCCUUACGCAAUCUGUCGUUCUGCUUCGAAACAAUUGAAGAUAUUGCGUUAUUAUGAAUAGAAAAUAAGUUCCAAAUAUUGAGGUGAAAUAAGAGGAAGUUAUUUUAUUUUGUUUUUGAUAUUCAAACCUGUUAAAAUGUGACAGAGACGUGGACAGAUUUAAGCUUGUACAUUUUUUAUGACCAUAGCUAUGAUAGUUUUUUUGGUUGUCCCGGGCUGUCCAUCCAUCUGCCCAUCUCCUUUUCCUUCUUGCGUUUACAAAAGAACAGUUUAGCAGAUCAACUUCAAGUUUUGGUCUCAGUCUCUCAGAUCAAGGGCUGAACUAAAGAACGAUUUUAAAAGUAGGAGGUUGAAAAUACAAGAUGGCGAUUGUCACAUUUUUGUUUACGUACUGAAAACUAGUGGAGGCUAAAAUGCCCUGCAACCCCCGCUCCCGCAGCAUCUGGGUCAUCAUGUAUGCAUAGUAAUGGCGAUUUAAUUGAUUAGCUUCGAUCUGACACUCUGAUUACAUUAUGAUCACUUUUGAAAAUUUUAGAAAUUAAGUGAUGACACAUUACCUUAGAUAAACUGAUGUCGGAGAGCGGAGGCAUAAAUUUAUAAUGCUCGCAGUCGAGAAUCCACCUGGUUAAUUUUGUUUCGCAACCCUAUGUUAAUUGGUAUUCUAAUUACUUCAGUGUGUGUGAUCAACCCCUGUAAAAUGUGUAAAUACUUCAAUAUUAUAUACACGAGGACAAACUGA